AUGAAGUGUAUUUUGUCUAUUGCACUUCUAUUUGGAAUUAUAUCUAAUUGUCUUGCACAAUGGGGGACAGACGACUAUCUUACGCCGCCAGGUGACUAUAAUUAUUGGGACAACUAUGACCUAAAUGAACAUCGAGACCCUCCUUUUAUUCAUUAUCCUAGUCAUGAAGAUCUAGAUUUCUAUGUGGGCAAUGGCAAGGAAUCCAAUGAAAAUGAAUCCAAUGAAAAUGAAUCCAAUGAAAAUAAAUCCAAUGAAAAUGAAUCCAAUGAAAAUAAAUCCAAUGAAAUUGAAUCCAAUGAAAAUGAAUCCAAUGAAAAUGAAUCCAAUGAAAAUGAAUCCAAUGAAAUUGAAUCCAAUGAAAAUGAAUCCAAUGAAAAUGAAUCCAAUGAAAAUGAAUCCAAUGAAAAUGAAUCCAAUGAAAAUGAAUCCAAUGAAAAUGAAUCCAAUGAAAAUGAAUCCAAUGAAAAUAAAUCCAAUGGAAACGAAUCCAGUGAAACUAAAACAAUUGUAACGGAAUCCAAUGUAACUAAAUCCAAUGUAACCGAAUCCAAUGUAACUGAAUCCAAUGCAACUGAAUCCAAUGUAACUGAAUCCAAUGUAACUGAAUCCACUGUAACUGAAUCCAAUGUAACUGAAUCCAAUGUAACUGAAUCCACUGUAACUGAAUCCAAUAUAACUGAAUCCAAUGUAAGAGAAUCCAAUGUAACUGAAUCCAAUGCAACUGAAUCCAAUGUAACUGCAUCCAAUGUAACUGCAUCCAAUGUAACUGAAUCUAAUGCAACUGAAUCAAACGUAACUGAAUUCAAUGUAACUGAAUUUAAUGUAACUGAAUCCAAUGUAACUGAAUCCAAUGUAACCGAUUCCAAUGUAACUAAAUCCAAUGUAACUGAACACAAUGUAACUGAAUCCAAUGUAACUAAGCCCAGUGUAACUGAGUCCAGUGCAACUGAGUCCCAUGUAACUGAAUAUAGUGUAACUGAAUUCGGCGCAUCUGAAUCCGAUGCAACUGAAUCCAAUGUAACUGAAUCCAAUGUAACUGAAUCCAAUCUAACUGAAUCCAAUGUAACUGAAUCCAAUGUAACUUAA